UUCCUAACGGUGCACCAAAGCCCGCCCGGAAGAAGCCGAAGGAGAAGAAGCUGGCUUCCGUAAUGAGCUGUCGAAGGAGGCUGUAGACCCGAGCGAAAACAGCUUUAGUGAAGUAUAUAUCCAGCGCAGCCAUGGAUGUAGCUCUGUAUCUGAUAGCUGCUGCUAUCCUCGUCGUCUUGAUCGUGUUUGCGUUGAAGGCGCGGAGCAGAAGCCGGGAGGCUGAUGAGGAGCAGCGCAGGGAGGUUGUGCGUGCAGCGGGGCCCCCUCAGCGUGCGGCGGAGGAGCGGGGAGCCGGCAUGCCCCGCAGGAGGAGGAACUUGGCCGCUGUGGUGGCCAACAGACGGCCGCAGAGAGACGCCGUGCAACGCGAGGAGGAGCCUGCGGAGGAGGACGAUGAGGCGGAGCAGCACAGCUUCCAGCCCAACGCAAAAGUCGGAGCAAAGAAGCAGAGGAAGCUAGAGGAGAAACAAGCCAAGAAAGCCCAGAGGGAGGCUGAGAUGGAGGAGAGGGAGGAGAGGAGGAGGAUGCAGGAGCUCAGAGAACAGGAAAGGCGGCAGGAAGAGGAGAAGGAGCGGCUGCUGGAACAGAAACAGGAGGAGGAGGAGCGCAGAGCCAAAGAGGAGCAGGAGAAGCGCGAGGAGGAAGAGUACUUACGACUUAAAGCCUCCUUCAUCGUAGAGGACCAGGGAGAGGAGGAGCAGCUGUCUGAGGACCAGUCUCGCAACCUGCUGCAAGAAUUCAUCCAAUACAUCGAGAGCUCUAAGGUGGUUCUCCUCGAAGAUCUGGCUUCUCAUUUUGGGAUGAGGACAAAAGAUGCCAUCACCAGACUACAGGACCUGCUAGCCGAAGGCUCCCUCACAGGCGUGAUUGAUGACAGAGGGAAGUUUAUCUCCAUCACUCCAGCAGAGCUCGACUCAGUGGCUCAGUUCAUCAGGCAGAGAGGCCGAGUGUCCAUCGCAGAGCUGGCUCAGGCCAGCAACUCUCUGAUCAACCUGAUGCCCGAGUGAGCGGCGGCGCUGCUGCAGAGCUCACGAACCAGAACUGGACUUUCUGCUACCACCUCAUCUGCAGCACUUCAGAGGAACUUCACGGCUCAGCAGCAGCUUCAUGCAGUUCCAGUUUACCCAGAGAGGGGAGGAUGCAGCCUCACUGAAAUAAACACAAUUAUAUGUAACA